CAAUGUAUUAUAAGGCUCUACGAUGUCGCCCUCUUUUUGUAACUCUCCUCCUGACUCGACCAUGUCCUCCGAUUCUGAAUCUACCAUCGAAGGAUUCUUGGAGUAUACACGGUUCGAUCUUUAUGGUGUUCUUGCAGGCUUUACGUUGAUGUCCUACGAUUACUUCCUCAACCUCAGUGACGAAGUGAGAACCUGCCUUUGGUAUCGUUGCUCACUGGCAUGUGCUGAAACAUUCAAAUUCCAUGCUUCAUUCCAGGUUGGGUUGAUAUGGCUUCGAUAUCUUGGCAUAAUUUACGCGUUAUUCUUGAAGUCGAUGUUAUAAACCCCACAAUGUCAUUGAAUGCGUACGGUUAUUUAUAUGCUGUCAUCACUUCUCAGCUCACCACUUAUAGACUAUUAACUACAGAAGCCGCUGUAUACCUCAUCGGACCAAUAAGUCAGGACAUACUCAUUGCCCUCUUGCAAGCUGAUGGGAACCCUUACAUUGGAUCUGGGAUGGCCUGGACAUCGCCUGCUGCAAAUGGCGCUCUCAUAGGAUACGAGUCUCUCUUAAGCCUUCUUGCAAUCUACCACGCUUGCAAACACUUCCCUCAAAUGCUUCGGAAGACCCCGGCUGGAUCGACGCGCUCCAUCGCCUCGGUUGCGAUACGUGAUAAUCUCGUCUACUUCUUCGUGGCACUGGCCGAGCUUAUUGGCAGUGUAUUUUCAAGCUGGAUCUUCCCAAUAAACACGGCUCUCGAAUACUGGGGAAUUCAGCACAUCUUACAGUUUGUGUUCCUCACGAUGAUAGGUCCAUGGAUGAUCCUCAGUCUCCGUAAAUAUCAUGAGAGAGAUAUAGAAGGGAGAAUCCUCGACGGUGAUCAUGAGCUGCUCACCAUAGUAUUCCAAAAAGGCUCUCUGUCGGCGUCAGAAACAGGAGAAGUUUGUUAA